GAUGAAGCGGGCAAUGAUAUUCCAAUCGGGGUCUUUCAGAGCAAUUGGGCCUCGUCUUGGCUUCUCAACAAGUUGACGGAAAUGCUGGUUCAAGAAGUCAUGGGCUACCAUGCCACCCUCGAUACGCGCAUGGGUGCCAAUGGGGCGUCUUGCUUCUACGCUUUGCCAGGAUGUCUCGACUUUGACAACAAAAUCGUGGCCGAAAAGCAGUGUGGAAUUACUGAGACGACGCUCCACAUCAGCGUGGACUCUUGGGUCGGCAGCUAUGCUUCGGCCAUGGACCAAUUUAACAAGGCAUACCCCAGAAUUGCAUCAGAAGACUUGGGCAGCAUGGGCUACCCGGUUUUCUUUACGGUGAUUGCCAUCCUGAACAGUGCUUAUGCUGAUUCUGGUCUUGCUCUCGACUUCUACAAGAGCUACAACACGACACAUCACAACCCGAGGACGUUGAAGUACUUUGAUUCCAUUCACGAUGUGGAUUUGUUGGAGCUGGAAAUGUGCAAUGAGACGGACAUGAGUAACCCAAGUCGAAUGGGAGACUAUGCCAAGUACUCUGGGGACUACGACGGGGUAGUGAGCCAGCCAGAUGGUACCUAUAUCGCCAAGUGCACAAACAAUCGUUGGUGGUAUGCCCCCGCUUGCAGGCAAAACUCCUCUCAGUGCAUCCCUCUCUUCACGUCAGGCAAUGGUUGGAAAUUGCAAGCGUUGAUGCAGUGGUCCACCGCCUACGGCAUGCCAACAGCCGUCGGACUCUCCAAAGGCUACGGAACGUGGAUCCAACAUGUGCAGAAUCAUCGGGCCUUGCACUACUGGUGGGUUCCAGAUUCCACUUUCAUCGACAUGUUGCCAGAGCCUCUGACUUUUGCGCGUCACAGUGCAACUGAGUGGUGGGACGGAGAUAAGAAGACGGGUGCCAAAGGAAGCUACGUGUCCAAAUUGGUGAGUCACAACUUGCAAGCGAAGGCAGGCAGGGUCCGUGAGUUUGUGUCCAACAUGAACUUUGAGCUUCCAGAGGUGCAAAAUCUCCUUCUGGAGCUCCAGCAAGCAGGGUCCACCUACAACGUCUCGUGCAAAUGGAUGAAGGAGAAUCGAGACAGGUGGAUGAAAUGGAAACCGGUGGAGACUGCUUGCUAUGAAGGCUUCGGCUUGGUGGAUGCUUCCGGGGCUUUUGUCUCCAGCAGAGCAGAUGCUGUCGGAUGUGGGCUUUGCCAAGCAGGAUCUGCAUCUGAGGAGCUCAUUGAUGAUCAGGGCAGGACUUUCCAAUGCAAGCUUUGUGCUCCAGGAUACAGCCAAGCCAACACCUACUCCACCCAAUGUGAGCCGUGUCCAAAGGGCACAUCAGCAAGCUCGUCUGGGAGCACACAAUGUACACCCUGUGAUGAAGGUUUUUACCAACCAGACACAGCGCAAACCUCAUGUAUCUCAUGUGGUGGUUCCCGAACAACGCUCUUGCUGGGUGCAGGAUCUUUGACAGACUGUGUUUGUGAGGCAGGGACAAUCGAAUCGCAAUCCGUUUGUGUGGCUUGCCAUGAGGAAAGCAUGCAUUGUCCAAAAGGUAGCACAGUCGACAAGCUUGUGGCAGCUGGGGGAAUUGCGGACUUGAAGAAUCCCUUUGUGAAGAAGGGCUACUUCGGCAAUCCGCUCGCCCCUCUUGACACCUACAAGUGUGCGGGGGAACUCGUUUGCCCAGGUGGUGCUCCAGGCGAAUGCUUUGGAGACCGAGAAGGUCUCACAUGUGGAGAUUGCAAAGAGGGGCACUAUUGGGCUUCAGACCAAUGCCAGCCCUGCGGGGCAGUGUCAGUUGCAUGGGCUUUCUGUGUGAUCAUGAUUGUGAUUGGAGUGUGUGGCUCAUAUUACAUGCUGACUAGCAGCUAUACGGCGAAGGCCAGUGUGAUGAUGUCCACCACGGCUGCUUUGGGAAUGUUGAUCGCCUUGUUUCAAAACCUUGGCGUUUUGAACACAGUUGCUGUUGAAUGGCCAGCCGGCUUACGAGACCUCCUGAACUUUGCUUCAGUCUUCACCUUCAACCUUGAUGCUCUUGGCUUGAGUUGUGCUGCAGGCGGCAACGUGGCGCGAUAUGUCAGCACGGCGUCCUUCUUUUGGAUCGUUGCUGUGGCCUUGCCCACCGUGGGCUUGCUGACGAACUUCAUUCCGAUUAUGAAGCGCCGGUCUCUCGCAUGGGAGAAGAACAAGACCAUCAGUACCACUGGCCAAUUCUUGCAGGUGGGUUUCACCACGAUGUGCAAUGUGGGGCUCAUGCUCUUCAUGUGCUACCGACACCCAACCAGUGCAGAGAGCAUCUUGAAAUACCCCAACGUUUUUUGCGGUACUGAGGAGCACAUCAUCAUGCGCAUCUUUGGUGGCUUGGUGCUGUUCUUGGCGUUCAGCUUCUUUGCGGCGGCCUGCUACGCGGCCUACCAAGCGCCACGCUGGUCCGGCAAGCCCAGGCUGGCAGCGAUUCGCUUCUUGAUCUUCCGCUUCAGGCCCAACGUGUGGUAUUUUGGCUUGGUCCUCUUGGCCCGAGGACCUUUGUUGUCGAUGCCAGGAGUCAUUGCAACGAACAUGCCCAGCUUGCAACUCACCUUGAUGCACAUGAUUCUCCUUGGAUCUUUGUGCCUUCAGCUGUGGUUCCUUCCUUGGAAGUCUCCAGUCCUCAACUUGGUGGAUGGUUUGUCAGUGUCGCUGCUCGUCAUGCUGUUGGCAGGGUCACUUGGAUAUGCCGACAACAGUGGGGAGGAUGCUGCACGUGUUCUGGCACUCUUCGGCACGGUGAUCUCAUCCUUGAUGGUCGUCAUCCUGGCGGGAAUGGUCAUGCUCGGCCUCUGUGCGCUUUGCUAUCGCUCGGCCUUGGGGAGCUCCAAGGAACUACGCAUCAUGAACCUUGGGAAGGUGCCAGAGGAGAACUAG